AAAAUCUGGGUCGGUCGGACGACGCUAAAUAGAGAAAAAAAAAGGGGAUGGCCUAACCUGAAAGGGUGUCUAAUGCCCUAAUGGGAUAACUGACGUUCAGGCUGCCAUCUUUUGGGUGGGUUUUCGCUUUUUUGCUCCUCCUUUAGCAUGUGUCUUUAUCCCUAGUAUUUUAUCCUGUUUUACCACUCAACGGUGGCAGCUUUUAGAUAUUUUAUUCGCGACAGUCCCUGAAUAAGAGAUGGAGAAAUGCUCCGCGCUCGGAAGUUGAACAUUUAAUAUGGCGCGAAACAAUUGCCAAUACCAAAACUAAAUCCAGUUAUCGUUUUGUCGUCAUAAAGGGUAAUGGAUAGUUAGAAAUAAGCCGUGGCAAUCACCUAAAGGUUCCGUGACGUGACCGUAACGUAUUCGUGACGGUUAAGAAUGACACGAUUGUCCGUGACCAACCUAGCGCCCAGGCUCUCUCUCCUUUGUCUCUUUGGGGACAGAGGAGGGAGAGCCUGGGAACGAGUUUGGUCCGUGACGAUGGUCACGGCUUCUUGACCGUCAUGGGUUCACCGCUAAGACCAAGGGAAAAUUCCCACUGAUAAGGUUUGAAAAUCACACCGAGACAUGCAUCUGUACUUUUGGUUUGAAGAGGAUAGAGAAAAUUUUCAACAUGGAGGAGGCUCUAUAACUAGAUAAACAUUUCCAUCGUGAUGUCUGGUACAAAAUAAGGAAUUACAUUCAUUGGAAGACGAAUGGAAUUCUUCCAAAGGCGCUUGGCUAUACAGCUGACUAAACACCCCAGGGGGGCUGGCACUUUCUUUGUUCCCAAACGCGUUGAAGAGGACAAGAAAGCAGCUGGUACAACCACAGUAGUUCCUCCAGAGAUUCUUGCACGAGGACCUUUGGCUUUGGAAGCCUACAACAAGGCCCUUGCUGAAGGGAGGACCUGCGAUAAAAGGGUGCCAAUCAUGUUGAUUGGUCAGGACCGCUCAGGAAAGACUAGCCUAAAAAACUCACUUAGGGGAAAACCCUUCAACUCUGACGAAGACAGCACUGUAGGGAUUAAGGUUGAUCCUUCUCAUUUCAAAGUUUCAACUGAAAUUUGGAAAGCAGGGGAGAAGAACCAGGAGACAAAUUCUGAGACAUCUAUCUCCUAUGAACACCAUGUAGCCCGAUUGACCGUCGAGCAUUUAAGGCAGAAAGAAGGCAUUUCUAAGGAAUGUGAUCCAGAGCGCAAACAGGAUUACUCAUCAGAAGUGCUGAAUAUUGAAAGAAGCGAGGCUUCAGCUAGGAGGGACACAAAAGACUCAAUUUCAUUUUUUUCCGCUUCAGAUGCACCUGAUACAACUACUCGUGAACCUGAUAAAUUGUCUGGCGUUUCAAAGGACUCUCAAUCUAGUGAUACUUCGCAUGUUCAGAUAUUCAGCGAUCCAGAGCCCAGCGGUGACAGCAUAACUGGUAUACCAGACGAUAUAGCAACUUUGAUUGAGGUGUUGCUGCGAGAAGUUGAUAAGGUGGAUGACGAAGAAGACAUAUACUCAGUGUUGUGGGAUUUUGGUGGACAGUCAGUUUACUAUGCAACACACCCACUCUUUCUCACUUCAAAAGCGAUCUACCUUUUAGUUAAUGACCUCAGCCGAAACCCACAUGAAAGAGCCAAAUCAGUUAUGAAGCAAGGGAUGUUCACGAAAUUUGAGGACAGCUUUGAUUUCAGAACCAAUUUGGAUUAUCUCGAGUUCUGGAUGUCGUCUGUUGCUUCACUAGCCAGUGAAGAUGAAUGUGCACAAAAAUGUCCUAGGUCUGAAUUGCUGCUGGAGAAACUUCCACCAGUUUUCCUAGUGUGCACUCAUGCUGACAAACCGUAUGAUUGUGGUGAUCCUAGUACACUUGCCAAUAUGGUAUUUGGCUCUCUGCAGAGAAGGCCAUACAAAACCCAUUUGUAUGGCGAUGUGUUUGUUGUGGAUAACACAAAGUCUGGCAACGAACCUGAGUGUUCCGAAGUCGUGCGCCUGCGUAAGGAAGUUCUUGACGUUGCCAAGGAACUACCACAGAUCAAAGAAGCCAUUCCAAUCAAGUGGUUAAGGUAUGAGAAGGCACUUCAGGUCAUGAAAGAAGCUGGCCACCAAUGGAUCCCUCUUGACACUGCAAAACAUAUUGCGACCGAAGUAUGUAAUGUCGUUGACGAUAAGCAAUUCCAUACACUGCUUAAAUUUUUCCAUGACAAGAGAAUUUUGAUUCACUUUGAAGACACUCCAGAACUAAACAGAUUGGUGGUCUUGGACCAUCAGUGGUUGAUUGACGUGCUCAAGACGGUAAUAACCAUUAGGCCGUUUCACGGUAAAGAGAAGAAAUUCAUAGAACUAUGGUGUAAGCUUGAGAAAGAAGGAAUCCUGGAUGAAAAACUUUUAGAACAUGUCUGGGGACCUUUAUUUGACAGCAAAGAAACCCCUGAAAGUCUCAUUGCAAUCAUGGAGAAAUUCAGCUUGCUUUGUCCUUUGCCUUCUUCUGAUGAGUCAUGUAGUAAGCAGUACCUGGUUCCAUCAGUGCUGAUGUCUCAUCCACCCGAUGGUAUCGUGGAGCUGAUUAAAUCGGCACAAAUACCUUCUCUUUUUCUUAAAUUUGAAUCUGAUCAUGUUCCGCCUGGCUUGUUUCCCCGACUGGUGCUGCAGGUCUUUCAAUGGGCUAAAGACGAAUGUAUGAGACCAGUGGACCCUCAGUUGUACCACAAUUUCGCUAGAUUUUACACCUCUGAAGAAGAAAACUACUCUGUAGUCCUUCUGUGCCAUUCAUUUUCCAUUGAAGUUGUUGUCCACAAAGGGAAUUCCAGUCAUGGAUUGGUAGACAAUCUGUCUGCAGAUGCCAGCUAUGACACGUGUCCUCGUGCAGUGCGUAGGCAGCUGGGAUUGAUACUGGAGUCCAUGCGCAAGGAAUUCUGUUGGCUAAAGAAUAUGAAAUAUGAAGUCAGUUUCAUCUGUCCAGUCUGUUGUCAAGGAAGUGUAGCUACCUUCUGUCGCACUCAUCGUACCAAAGGAUGCGAGCAGGAGGAGUGCCUGCACUUCUGGUCUGAGUCUCAGUUAUGCGAUGGCAAGAUCAUCUUUUGCAGCAAGUCUGCUGUUGCACAGAAUAACAGAAUCGAAACCGAACAGUUUGCACCAUGGUUGCCCCUAACAAAUCAGAUUGCAGCUGAAGUACAUGAUGGGAGGAAUUUGGUUUCUGCAGAAGUAACUAAAGAAAUUGCCCUUCCUGGCGAGGUUCAAGACUCCCUUCUGUCACAGUCAUGUGGCGCCAAAGAGAUUGUACUAAAAUUAAAAGAGAAUAUGCAGUUAGAGCAAGCCUCUCUGGAAGAGCCAGAUUCUGAGACCAAGGCAUUGAUCCGUUGCUUAGCAAGGAAAUCUAAAGAUUCAAACAGGCUUGACGUGUUCCAACAUUUGAGAGAGAUUACACCAGCUGGAACUACUGGCCCUCUGUUGCCUGAGCAGCUUGAUGUUCGAAAUAUCCCUGUUUCCAAGGGAAGAGAAGUUACAAUUAACUUGAGUGGUAAGUGUUACGUUUUUGUGUAGAAAAUGUGUCUGAUAGUACCAUAUCCUAAACUUAAAGUCAAUCAUUAAAAAAAAAAUAUAUAUAUAUUAAUAAUAACUGAUUUAGAUUAAUCAUCUGGGCGAAAGUAGUUCUGAAAACAUGUACCGUUGAACCCCCGCUAUUUCGAACCCUCAGGGGAAACGAAAAAUACAGUUGAACCCCGCUGUUUCGAACUUUCAGGGGAAACGAAAAAAAGUUCGAAACAGCGGGAGUUCGAAAUAGUCGAUAGUAAAUGACUGGAGGGCAAAUGCAAGGGAAAUGCUUUUGAGUUCGAAAUAGCUGAGCAUUCCAAAUAACCAUGCAUGUUCGAAUUAGCGCGGUCCAACUGUAUUGUUGGCGAGAAACCACAGAAUGGACAAAUCACAGAAUUGACUAGGACUUUGUUCACUUCUCAACCUACCUUACAAGCUGUUUUUACCGACUGACUUUGGAACGGCGGCAGACCAACUUAGAACCGAGACGCCUCUCAAUUUCAAUAAUCACCCUAUAGCGGACUGGCAUCUUACAAAUGACUUAUUCACGACCUAAACAAAACCAACGUAGGGAUGUCAAAAAGAACGACUAAUUGAUUUGACUCUCAAUAGGCAGCCAAUCACGGAAAACUGACCAACAUUUACCGGUCAGUGACAUUGAUAUCCAGGGGUAGGGAAGGGAUUGGGUUCCGUCAUAAAAAAUGGCCAAUUGAAUUAACUUUUGCCACGCUAGCAACAAACACUGUAAGUGAAAGAUCGUUGUGGGCUUUAAAGCGAGUGAUGACAAUAUUAAUUUUGCAGAUUAGAAUGGUGGC